UCUUCUUUUUCUUUUUAUAAGGCUUCCUUCUUUACCAAUUUCCAUAGCUAUAGGAAACAGAAACACACGAGAGAGACACAUCGACCCAUAUAUAUGAUGCAAAGAGACUGUGAAACUGGUAACAACACGUCGACGCAUCACCAAGCAUGCGCUUCAUGCAAGCACCAGAGGAAGAAAUGCAACAGCGACUGCGUACUGGCGCCGUAUUUCCCGUCGUACAAGACGAAAGAGUUCCAGGCCGUACACAGGGUGUUCGGCGUCAGCAACGUGCAGAAGAUGGUACGGACGGUACGGGAGGAGGACCGCACGAAGCUGUCGGAUUCGCUGACGUGGGAAGCCCUGUGGAGACAGAAAGAUCCUGUCCUGGGCCUGUACGGAGAGUACAGAAGAAUCCACGAGGAGCUUAAGCUCUACAAAGGCUUCAUCCAUCAUCAUCAGCAGCAUCUCGUAAACUGGGAUAACAUCAGCAUCGGUAAUCAUCACGUGUUUAGUGGUAACAAUAACAACAGCAGCAAGACGGGAUUAGUGGUUGAUUACGCGAGUGGAUCAGGAGGGUUUGGUCUUAAUAACGGUAAUAACGGAGUAAUUAGCGAUCAUAACGGCGCCGGUGUUAAUCGGGUGGAAAAUAAUGGCGGGUAUUCUUCGAGGAACUUGCUCGGAGGAUGGGACAAAUUCAAGCAGCAGCAACAACAACAACAACAGUGUUAUGCGGUCGUUAAUGAUUUCAAACAACGCUACCCUCUGUCUCAUAAAUUUUAAUGUAUCGAAAAAGGUAUAUUAAUUAAAUUAAAUUUCAGUAAUUGUGUGUUAUUUCGAUUUAUUACUCUCCAAAUGUAAUCACACAAGACA